GUUCCCUCCUCUCCUCCUCUUCCUCCUCUUCCUCCUCUCCUCCUCCUGCUCGGACGGACACGCGCAGCCAUGGAGCGCCGUUAGCAGCGCGUCCACGCGGAGCGGAGCUGCACGGGACGGACCGACGCACCGCGGCUGAGCGGAGACCGGAGGAUCCACGGCAGCCUGUGGGACCCGGCGGGACGUCGUCCUCCGUCAGUGCGUCCUCUGGACGGGACGGCAGACAUGCUGAACCCGAUGUCCCGGACCCGGAGCCCGACGUCCAGCGAGGACGAGACGGUCCAGAGUUUCUCCGAGUCCUCGGAGGACGGCGGCGGCUCGGACAGCUCCAGAGAGGAGACGGUCUACGAGACUAUCGGGGCUACGGCCGGGCCCGCGCACGGCCACGUGCACGCCCACCCACUGGUGGUCCGGGUCCUGAUCCCCGACCUGCAGCAGACGAAGUGCAUGCGGUUGGACCUGGACUGGACGGUGUGGACGGCGAAGCAGCGGGUCCUGUGUUCUCUGAACCAGAGCCUGAAGGACGUCCUCAACUAUGGACUCUUCCAGCCAGCGAGAGACGGCAGGGACGGCAAGUUCCUGGACGAGGGACGGACGCUCCGGGAGUACCCUCAGCCAAUCAGCAAGGGCGUCCCGGUUCUGGAGUUCCGCUACAAGAGUCGAGUCUACCGGCAGCAGAACCUGGACCAGAAGCAGAUCUCCAAGAUCCACACCAAGGCGAACCUGCGGAGGUUCCUGGACCUGGUUCAGCACAAUCAGGCCGACAAAGUAGCAAAGAUGCUGGAGAGAGGCUUCGACCCGAACUACCAGGACCAGGAGACUGGAGAGUGUCCUCUGACUCUGGCGGCUCACCUGGAGAACGCGGCAGAACUGAUCCAGGUCCUGAAGAACGGAGGAGCUCAUCUGGACUUCAGAGCCCGAGACGGACUGACGGCUCUGCAUAGAGCGGCCCGGGACCGGAACCAGCAGGUCCUGAAGACCCUGCUGGACCUGGGGGCGUCCCCGGACUACAGGGACCGGCGGGGCCUGACCCCCCUGUACCACAGCGUCCUGGUGGGAGGAGAGCCGGCCUGCUGCGAGCUGCUGCUCCAGAACCGGGCCGGGGUCUGCUGCCAGGACGAGAACGGCUGGCAGGGCGCGCACCAGGCCUGUCGUCACGGUCACGUGCAGCAUCUGGAACAUCUGCUGUUCUACGGAGCCGACAUGAGCGCCCAGAACGCCUCGGGGAACACGGCGCUGCACGUCUGCGCCCUGUACAACCAGGACAGCUGUGCCAGAGUCCUGCUAGUCCGCGGAGCCGACAAGGAAGUGAAGAACUUCAACAGCCAGAGUCCGUUCCAGGUCGCCAUCAUCGCUGGGAACUUUGAGCUCGCAGAACUCAUCAAGAACCAUAAAGAGUCUGACAUUGUGCCUUUCCGGGAAGCCCCCGCCUACUCCAAGCGGCGCCGGGGCCCGUCCCCGUCCCCGUCCCCGUCCUCGCUGUCGGCGCCGCGGCUGCUGCUGCGCUCCAACAGCGACAACAACCUGACGGCCGGCGCCUUCCGGCAGCAGCAGCAGGGCUCCGCCCCCCGCCCCCACCCGGCCCGGGGGCCGCCGGGCGCCUCGGCGUCGCACCGCAGCACGUCCCCCCAGAUGCCCAGCGGCAGCCCCAAUGGCAACGUGGUGGUCCGGACCAUGGGGAGGGGGGCCAGGAGCCGCUCGCCCUCCCUCAGCCGGCUGGGGGACGACGCCCGGCGGGCCGCGCCCCCCCAGCGCCAGGCCAGUCCCAGCGGCCCCGGCGAGGCGCUGGGCCCCCGGAGGAAGCUGUACAGCGCCGUCCCCGGGAGACACUUCGUGGCGGUCCGGCCCUUCUCCCCGCAGGCCGACGGCGAGAUCCGCCUCUACAAGGGCGACAGGGUCAAAGUCCUGAGCGUGGGGGAGGGGGGCUUCUGGGAGGGCAGCGCCCGGGGCCAGGUGGGCUGGUUCCCCGCAGACUGUGUGGACGAGGUCCCGGCCAAGACCGCCGAGGAGCGCAGCUACUCCCGGGCCGACCGCAGGAAGCUGUUCAGACAUUAUACGGUGGGCUCCUACGACAGCUUCGACGCCUCCAGCGACUGCGUGGUGGACGAGAAGACGGUGCUGCUGCACAAGAAGGACAGCGAGGGCUUCGGCUUCGUGCUGCGGGGGGCCAAAGCGGACACCCCCAUCGAGGAGUUCACCCCCACCCCGGCGUUCCCCGCCCUGCAGUACCUGGAUCCUGUGGAUGAGGGGGGCGUGGCAUGGCAGGCGGGGCUUCGAACCGGCGACUUCCUCAUCGAGGUGAACCAGGAGAACGUGGUGAAGGUGGGCCACCGGCAGGUGGUCAACAUGAUCCGCCAGGGGGGGAACCGGCUCCUGAUCAAGGUGGUGACGGUGAGCCGGAACCUGGACCCCGAAGACACGGCGCGCAAGAAAGCUCCCCCUCCCCCGAAGAGAGCCCCAACCACCGCUCUGUCCAUGCGGUCCAAGUCCAUGACGUCAGAGCUGGAGGAGCUAGUGGAUAAAGAGGAGAUGACGCUCGCCCAGAAGGCCACGCCCAUCGACAUGAAGAUCGCCACCAUCAAGCCCCGCCCCUCCAGCCGCUGCCUGGCGUCGCCGGCGGAGCUCAACUCCCUGUGUCAGGACCGCCAGGGAGUCGCCGUGGUCCCGCCCACCGUCCCCGGGGCCUUCCUGGGGCUGCCCGAGAAGAGUGCCAUGAAGAAACAGAAGUCUAUCGAGGACGACAAACACGGGUUCCUCACGCCGCCGCUGCUCAAGUUCUCGCGCAGUCUGUCCAUGCCGGACACGUCGGAGGACAUCCCCCCUCCCCCGGCCAUCUCGCCGCCCUCACCCCCGGCCUACAACUCUGCCGCGGGCGCCCCGGCCAAAGGCUACGGCGCCGGCCGGCCGGGCUUCGCCCACAACUCCCCCAACGCCGUGACGACGGUGGGCCGGGCCGCCGACGCCGCCACGCUGCGGCGCGGCUACUUCCGGCAGAGCUCGGAGCAGUUUGAGAGCUCGCGCGGCCGCGGGCGCACGCCGGUCCCCGAGAACCCGUACUCCGAGGUGGGCAACAAGACGCUGUACGUCCCCGCCAAGCCGGCGCGCAGGAAGGGGAUGCUGGUGAAGCAGUCCAAUGUAGAGGACAGCCCCGAGAAGACGGGCCCGUCUGGACCCGUCGCCGCGACGACCGCGCCGGCGGAGCGCACCUGCUCGUCCAUCCCUAUCCCCACCAUCAUCGUCAAGGAGCCGUCCACCAGCAGCAGCGGCAAGAGCAGCCAGGGCAGCAGCAUGGAGAUCGAGCCCGGCACGCCCGAGCACCCGCCGCUGGCGCCCGGCGCCGCCGGCCUGCGCCCGGACGACCCGCUGGCGCUCAGCAACCCGUUCGCGGCGGCCAUCGCCGGGGCGGUGCGCGACCGCGAGAAGAGGCUGGAGGCCAAGAAGAACUCCGUGGCCUUCCAGUCCGUCGACAUCGGCGACGACGAGCCGGGCGGUCCGGCGCCGGCCCCCCGCCUGCGCCAGUCCAGGUCCAUCGACGAGGGCAUGUUCGGCGACGAGCGCCUGCGGCGGAUCCUGGGCCCCCCCUCCACCGCGCAGCUGGGGCCGCCGGUCGGCGGCGGCAGCGGAAACAUGACGGACUUCAACACCCCUGAGCCCACGGUGGUGCGCGAGCCGCUCAGCACCAGAACUGGCCAGUGCCAGAACCUGGACAGCCCGGUCAGCCUGCCGGCCACGCCCCCCAAGACCCACUACCGCGCCAACGGGACCUACCUCCACCCGGUCACCGGGAAGCCCCUGGACCCCAACUCCCCGCUGGCGCUGGCCCUGGCAGCCCGAGACCGCGCCAUGAAGGACCAGCAGAACCACCCCCAGAACCAGACCGCCGGCCCCCCCCAGGUCCCGCCGGCCCCCCAGCAGGACGCCCAGUCCCUGCCGGUCCAGCAGAGCCACAAGCCGGACCUGAACCAGCCGCUGUUCAUCGACACCAAGCUGCGGUCCGGCCUGGAGGCCAGCUUCGCCACCGUCUCCACGGCGACCGUGGGGCGCCCGGGGCGCGGCGCCCUCCGCAGGCAGGCCACGGAGCAGAAGCAGGAAGCGGACGGAGCGCGGGAGGAGCGGCGCCACCCGCCGGCGGAGCAGCGGCAGAGCGCGCCGGCCGGCGUGGAGGCGGGGCUUCUGAUGGUCCACACCAGCACUGGCCCGGAGGGGGAGGGGCCGGACAGCAACCGGCCGGCGGAGCUGAGGGACCCCAACCAGCCGGAAGCCGUCCGCCCGCAGGGCCGCGCCCCCCGCCGGAGGAGCGUCCCUCUGGGCGAGUCGCUGGACGAGCCGGUCAGGCUGCCGUUCCGCAUCCCGCCGCCCCCGCUGGCGUCGGUGGACAUCGACGAGGAUUUUGAGUUCUCGGAGCCCCUCCCCCCCCCGCUGGAGUUCGCCAACAGCGUGGACAUCCCGGACGAGCAGGCGGGCGCCAUCGCCGAGAUGCUGCAGCAGCAGCGGCGCAACGGCGGGCCGGCGCCGCCGCCGUACCACCCGCACGCCCCCCCGCCGGUGGGCGACCCGCACCGGCGGGCGGCCGGCGGUGCCCCGCCCCCUGACCCCGAGGCGGGGGUGGGCGACUCGGGCAUCGAGGAGGCGGACCCGCAGCACACCGAGACCACCAGCACCGUGUCCAGCAUCUCCACGCUGUCGUCGGAGGGCGGCUUCUGCGAAAGCGCCCUGGAGACCCUGUACGCCGCCGCCGACGGCCACGCCUUCCUGGCCGACCGGCCGCCGGUGCCGCCCAAGCCCAAGAGCAAGGCGGCGAUGGGCCGGACGCCGCUGUACCACGACACGCUGCCCGAGGAGCCGCCGGAGUCCUACGGGUCGCCCCCUCAGGCCCCGCCCCCGGCCCCGCCCCCGGCACCGUCCGACCCCCCGAGGACCCCCACCCAGAGGACGUCCCGGCUGUGGGGGGACCCGGACCCGGUCCCCGAGCCGCCCGAGUCCAAGACCGCCGUGAUCAGCGAGCUGAGCUGCAUCCUGCAGCACCUGGGCCGGGACCGGGACCGGCCCGGCCCGGACUCCCCCACCGGGCCCCGGGGGGGCUUCGGCACCAGACCUCCCACUGAUGACUCAGGAAUGCGCCCCGCGGCGGCGGCGGUGGCCCCACCCUCCACGCCGCCCGGCAGCCUGCCAUCCCAGACGCUCCCCUGCAGCCCGCCGGACUCCGCCUGCUCCUCGCUGCCCCCCCCGGCGUCCCCUGCCCUGUCGGACGUGUUCGGCCUGCCCACGCCGCCCCUGGGCGGCGGCGGCGGCUACAGCCUGAGCUCCUCGUGCGGCAGCGGCGGCGGCGCCGGCUCCCGCUCGCCCUCGCCGCUCACGCUGAUGCAGGCGGUGGCGGCGUCCGGCAAGCCGUUCGCCGCCAAGCCGGUGGAGCUGUGGAGCAAGCACGACGUGGCGGACUGGCUGGACAGCCUGCACCUGGGCGAGCACCGCCACGCCUUCCUGGACAACGAGAUCGAGGGCGCGCACCUGCCGUCGCUGCAGAAGGACGACCUCAUCGACCUGGGCGUCACCCGGGUGGGCCACCGCAUGAACAUCGAGCGCGCCCUCAAGCUGCUGCAGGACAGAUAGGCCCCGCCCCCUAACUCCCAGAGGAUCCUGGGAGAUUGUGAGGAUGCUGGUGGAACGUGACGUCGCUCCUCUUCCUCCUCCGCCUCCUCUUCCUCCGGAACACUGAAGACUUUUUCCAGACGCCACACACCAGCUGAGCUGGUCGUCGCUCCUUUUCUAUCUUUGCUAGAUUUGUUCAGAGAAUAUUUCUUCACUAGAUUUCCACCGGAGUUCGAAUCCCGACGGCGGAGAUAAAAAAACAGAUAGAUUCCAUUUUUCUUUUUUUUGUUGGUUUCUCUUUUUUUCUUUUUCACCUGUUUGUGUCAAAAUAAGAACCUUAGCUGACGUGUUUGAACUGAAACACACGCGCACACACACACACACACACACACACUGCACACCCUGAGCACACACACACACACACACACACACACACACACACACACACACUGCACACCCUGAGCACACACACGCACAAACACACAUACAUUCCCAUUGUUGUGAUUGCCUUCAGAGUGUGACACCGGCUGUCUGCCAGAGGAGGCGCUGCCGAGCGCCAGACAAGUGUGUGUGUGUGUGUGUGUGUGUGUGUGUGUGUUUGCGCGUGUGUGUGGCCUCACUUCCUCCUCACAGAGUAGAGAACUAGAACUGUUACUUUAGUCGGACCCUCUUCCACCUCACGUAUGAAAUCUAAUGCUAAUGCUAAUGCUAGUCCGGCACCCGUGUGUAAAGUGGUAGAAGAUGAGAGAAUCACAUGGUUUCCAGGAAACAGGCAUUGUGGGAAAUCUCCCCUCAGGCUUUUUUUCGGGAUCACUCCGUUAGCUUUCAGGAGCUAAAGCAGAGCAGAUUUGUACGAAUCGCAAUAAUUUUUAUCUUUCGCCGCAUUUUCACCCAUCAGUACCCGAUACGCCCCGAUCGCACAGCGAGAGCAGCACUAGCAUCUGUUAGCAUCCGCUAUAUCAGUUAGCAUCUGUUAGCAUCUGCUACCACCUCUUAGUAUCUAUUAGUAUCUGCUACCCUCUGUUAGCAUGUUACCAUCCGCUACCAUCUGUUCAUAUCUGUUAACAUCCAUUAGCAUCUGUUACCGUCUCUUAGCAUCUGUUAGCAUGUUACCAUCCGCUACCAUCUGUUAGUAUCUGUUAGCAUAUAUUAGCAUCUGCUACCAUCUGUUAGUAUCUGUUAGCAUCUAUUAGCAUGUUCUACCAUCUGUUAGCAUGUUACCAUCUGUAAGCAUCUGUUAGCAUCUGUUAACUUUUGCCUGCAUUAGCGCUAACAUGAGAUGCUAAGUUUUGCUAGCAUUAGAGCUAACAUCAGAUGCUAAAUUUUGCUGGCUAUAGAGCUAACAUCAGAUGCUAACUUUUUCUGGUGCUAGAGCCAACAUCAGAUGCUAACUUUUGCUGGUGUUAGCACUAACAUGAGAUGCUAACUCCAGAAGCUCACCUUCCCUUCCCAGAUCAUAAAGAACGUGGUUCUCCUUUAGCUAGCGGGACGUAGCUCACCGUUAGCAUGAACGAAGGAAGAUCAAACUCAGGAACUCAUUUCAUGUUCUCAGAAGAACCAGAGGGAGAGGAUGAGAGAACCACGCUAAUACCGACAGCUCGCAGUCGCUAUGCUAAGCUACGCUAAUGGAGUCUGACAUGAGUGAUCCAGAAAAGCAGGAGAACCCGGAACCCGCAAUGUUCCCAGACUGUUUGAGUGUUAAAAUCCCCUCAGAACCUUGUUUCCCCUUCGUUUAGCUUUUCACCAUUUUAAAUACGCUAAAGUUGUUAGCAGUGGAAUAUUUACAAAGUCGAACAUGUAGAUUAUAUCGAGAGUAAAAACUGUUUUCACAGAGAAGAGAUAUUUUUAUUUCGCGAAGUGACUACCUGAACGUUUUCUACACUAAGAGAAGAGAGUCGUAUAUCAGGCCAGUUAGCGCCAUGCUAACUGGAGCUAACUGCCUCAGACCAGAGCUCGGUGGAUUCUGGGUCCAGAAACGUGAGCCGGGACUGCGGACUGGACCAGGACCGCGAAUCCCACGGUCCGGGUCCAGGAGAGGUCUGUCGCAGGUCUGCAGGAAAAACCAGGAAGCAAGUCUGACCUCUGAACUUCCUCCGGUCUGGAUGCUAGCAGCAGCUCACUGCGCCGCCUUGUGGCGCAACGAGGAAUUUUAUUGUUUAUUCCAUUAAGAAAUACGAAAUGUGGAGAAAAAUCCCCAAACAGAGUCCGAGGCACUCUGCAGGAUGACCUCCCCGAUGAACGGAUUACUUGAUUCACUCUUUAGUCCCUUUUCAGCCUCAGCAGCGCUAACUGCAGACACAGGCUAAUGCUAAUGAGGCUAAUGCUAACCACUGUUGCUGUCUCUGAGUUAGCUCAUCGAAGCGCCCCUCCUGCAGCGAUCUGGAGUUUAAUAGAAUAGUAACAGUCGAUCUUCACUGGAGACCACUGGAUUAAUGCUAAAUCUAAUGCUAAUGCUAAAGCUAAUGGUUCCAGUCCUGACGCCGUGGUUCAGGACCAGAGCUGGAGUCCAGACGGAGGGUUCUCCUCUUCCUGCAGCUCCAGUCCGGGACCGGACCCGGGUGGACCCGGGUGGAGGGGUUCUGCCGGGUCUCGGUCUGGAGCUGCUCGGACGAAUCGUGUAAAUAAGAGUUUAGCAGAUGGAUGCUGGGAUUCUAUGUAUAGCUAUGAAAUACGUUCUAUGGAGGCGGAGCUAUAGUAGUCGGACCUGACCUGAUGUGCCCCGGCCCCGCCCCCGGCCCUGCCCCCACCCCGCCCUGUAGAGAAUGCCUUAAACAUCUCCACCCCCACCCCCCCACCUCCGCCCUCCUGAAGCCCUUCACACCGUUGUCAUGGAAACGCAGCGUUCUCCUGGUGGUUUGUUCUCUGCGGCGCCGCCCGCUGGCCCCGCAGGAGAACUGCACCGGGUUCCAACCAGAGCGUCGCCAUGGAAACGGGUUUCAUUAGAAACAUAGGUCUGUGGAAACAACAAAACUGAGUGGAUCCUGAGCCGAACCGAGCCGAUCCAAACUGAGCCGAACUGAGCGCGAACCGAAUCGAGCUGAGCCGAGCUGAUCCAAACCGAACCGAGCUGAUCCGAACUGAGCCGAACCGAAUCGAGCUGAGCCGAGCUGAUCCGAACCAAACCGAACCGAACUGAGCCGAACCGAAUCGAGCUGAGCCGAGCUGAUCCGAACCGAACCGAGCUGAUCCGAACUGAGCCGAACCGAAUCAAGCUGAGCCGAGCCGAGCCAAGCCAAACCGAGCGUGGCAUUCUAGAGGGUUCUAGAGCGUUAUAUUAAAUCGAAUUGAAACUGAAAGUCCUUUAUUUGUCCCGCAGGGGGCGCUGCAGAGCUGCAGCAGCACCGAGAAAAGAAAUAGAGCAGAAUGUAGAAAUGUAGAAAAGCACAAAUCAGUGUAGUUUAAAUGUGAACUUCAGACAGACGGAACUGAAAACCCGAUACCAGCUGACACCCGGACGGAGUUUGAUUUAAAAGUGGAUGAAGACACACGCGUCUAAUGUCAUAGAGAAAAGUGAGGAACAGAAACGUGUUCCUGGGAGCCGACAGGACGUUUCCACAGGAAGAGAUUAAGACUGGCGUUGUUGACGUUCUAGAGGUUCUAGAAGGUUCUGUCAGCUCUGGCACAGUGUGAGCUGCAACUGGGUGGAGGAAGCCGGACGCUCUGCCCUGUGCGCUCCAGACCCCCCCUCACCCCCCACCCCCCACAUCCCCUCAGACCUGUCCUCAGACCCCUCCAGACCCCUGCAGACCCCUUCAGACCACCCAGACCCCCUCAGACCCCCCCCUUCCUGUGAGUCCAGCAGGAGCAGCAGAGCUCCGCCUGCUGUGCCCCCCCCCCCCCGGCUGCCGUCCUCCAUCCCUCCGUUUCUUUCUGUUCCUUCUCUUUCAGUUCUUCGUGGGCGGAGCCUCUUCAGCCUUUCAUAGAUUCUAAGGCGUUUCGGGGGAUUGUGGGAAAAUGUUCCUGUUUUCUAUGUUGCUGUAAUUUUGUGCUGCUCGAUCAUUUUAGAGUCGAAUUAAUUAACCGAAACGAAAAGAGAGACAAGUUUCCCUGUAACCGACCCCCGACCCCCGACCCCCGACCCCUGACACCACACCGACUUCUUGUAUGGCAACCAAAAUUCACUGUAAGAAAUAAAUAUAAUAUUGCACUA